AUGUCGCUUUCCCAUACACACCGUCAACUCGGCCGUGGGCAGCUGCUGCCCCGGUUGGCUCUCACCUCAGGAGGCGUCAAGCCGCUCUCAACCUCAUCAAGGCUGUUCGCUCGCAAGGAUCCCGGUGAUCCUUGUUCUGACGGCACUGCACUCUCGCAAUGGCGUGGUGCGAACCAGGCUGGCAUUGUGCAUCUCCUCGUGGUUACUUGGGGUGUUGCCCGAUGCAUCCCGUUAGCGGCAACAUGCUGUUCGCCCUGGGUCUGGUGUCCUCCUGGCAAGCCUUGUGACUGUUCUACUCAAGGUAUGGGAGAUGGAGGUGAUAACGGCAAUGGCAGCGGCGGUGACGAUGAUAGCAGCAAUGAUGAUGGCGACAGCGGAGGUGGUAACGACAGUGGUAACAACGACAGCGGUAGUGGCAGCGGGGGGGACAGUGGGAACAACGAUGGCGGCAACAGCGGUGACAAUGACAGUGGCAGCGAAAACGGCGACAACGACAACAAUGACGCCGGUCCUGACGGCAACUCCAGCAGCGCCCCCGUCACCUCCCCAAGCAGCACCACCACCGCAACACCCACAACGUCUUCUUCUAACAUUCACGUUGUCAGCCUUACCAGCACAAUCACCACGACUCCAACCAGCACUCCCAUAAGCGGCAUAUGCCCUGCUGGUGAGAAGCGCUGCGAUAAUGUCUGCAUCCCUCAGGACGCUGUCUGCUGCAAUGAUGGGCAUAACGGAUACUGCCAGGCUGGCAACUUCUGCUAUAGCGGUGGCUGCUGCCCUGAGGGCCGAACCUGCGCUAGUGGGUCUGGUUCCAAUGCUGGCAUAAGCCUUCGCCUGGGCUCCGGCGAGAAGCUUGUGCUUCUGACUGGGCUUGUGUCGACAGUCCUGGCUUAUGUUGCUGGCUUUUGA